ACUCAAGUGUGCCAGCUAGCCUCAAUCAUCUGGGUUUGCAAGAAGUCGUUUUUUUUGGCAUCACUUCCGUAAAAACCUUUGAUUCUCUUCAUCAGAAUGACGGCCAACGUUGUUGCGCUGCAUCCAAUCGGAAUAUUGCUUGCCAAAGGCAGCCUGGACUGACGUUUUGGAACUCUCGUCUAUUUCUAUUUUUCUCGCUACCAACACACGAUGACACGAGCGCUUGACCAGAAAUGGCCAUGGACUCUCGGGCCCAGUUCCUCCAGUCAGCCUGCGGCACAGCUCUGCCGGGAAAUUGACCACGAUGGCCAGCCAAGAAAAACAUUGCCUCGCCGCGACACUCACGAGAGCAUCUCUCUUUGCCCUCUUUACCACGUAUUGAUCACAAGAUGAAGCACAGCACGACAGCCUUGUUAGCCCUCGUGGGCAUCGCCGCGGCGCAAACCACGUCCGUGAUCAGCGUCCUGAACCCCUAUUUCGGUGACAACCCCUACGACGCGUCCAUCAAGGACGCUAAUCCCACCGCGACGACGUACAUCGUGAACUGCCAGACCAACAGCACGAAUUAUCAAUGUCGCGAGGACCCCUCGGCCUUGAUGACCCUCGUGGGAGGGCCGUCGACCAUGGAACUUCACAUUGACCAUACUGCCAGCGGAGUAUCAAUCGAGUACAUUGGUACCGUUUCAGGCGAUGGCCUGGACUACCAGCAGAUUGUGACAAAGAGCGGAAACACCGCCAUGAUGGCCAACAUGAGACUUUCACCUCUGACGGCCACAAGCCUCUACGUUCCUCUCACCGUCACCGCUGGCCUGGAGAAGUUGCAGCAAGCUCAGACCGGCGCUACUGCGACUGCGGUUGCAACGGCUACGGCGUCCUCCACCGGAUCGGCGCAGAGCGGGUCUGGGACCGGAUCCGGGUCCGCUGCAACAGCAACGACUGCGCAGGCCUCUUCGACGUCAACUGCUAAUGCCGCUACACCACGUGCCGGCUGGAAGGGUCUUGUCGCUGGUGCAUUUGCUGCAGUUGGGUUCAUAAUGUUCUAAGUACGCCGGUGGCGGAGCCAAAUCUUUGAAGAUGUUGUUUCAGUUGAGGCAUCGAGCCGUGGAGUGUACUUCGGGAACAGCAACAGGCGACCUUGCGAAUGAGUCG